AUGCUUGGCGCAUGGCUAAGCUGUUGCUGCCGCAGCCGAGGUCGCACACUCCUUUUGCUAUGCUUCGUGUCAGUGACGGUCUUUGUUUUUCAGGUGAAGCAAGCAGAGCUCUUUGGGCAGGCGUCCUUUCGAAAUCCUUCUUUCGGAGAUCAUCUACUUCGCCGAGCUGUGCCCGAAACAACUACGAAUGCCACAUCCGUGAUACCAACAACCUCACAGGUUGAACUCCGAGCUUGUGAUGGUGAUCUUUCAUACUUCAUCCAGAAAGGAUUUAGCCUGCCAGUCCUCCUGCUGGCGCAUCGGCGAGCCGAGAGGCUCUUGGAAACAUUGAGGAGCCUGGCUGGCGUGCGUGGUUUCUCUGUGAACGACAUUCUCGUCUCCCAGGAUGGCAGUGACGAAGAGGUGGCCAAGGUGGUUGAUUCCAUGAAUAUCUCCCGGAUUUCCCACGAUGCGAAGCCGCCAGUGAACUCGGGCUGGAGAUCUGCAGCACUCAGGAUUGCCAGACACUAUCGAUGGAGCAUUGACGCUGCGUUCAAGCACUUCAAUCACACUCCGGGUAUCAUCAUCGUGGAAGAUGACCUGCGGUUUUCACCGGAUUUCUUGGAGUACUUUCAGGCUGCUGCGCCGGUUCUGGACUGUGACAGCACUCUUUGGAUCGUGUCUGCUUGGAACGACAACGGAUUCGACCACCUGGUCCGUGAGCCCAAAGGACUGCUACGGACGCAGUUCAUGCCUGGCUUAGGUUGGCUCAUGCUCCGCCGACUUUGGAAAGAGCUGCAGCCCAACUGGCCGAACGUUGACGAGAGACGACGGGAGGCGAAGAUGUGCAAUUGGGAUCACUGGCUCCGGAGUCCACAGCAGCACCAAGGUCGGUCCGUCCUCUAUCCACAAGUGCCCCGCGUUUUUCAUCAUGGCAGCAUCGGCACGUUCAUGAGCUUGGGCUUGCAUGAGCAGUACUUCCAGCACAUUUUUUACAACCAGGACAGCAAGAUCACGUGGCAACGCCCCACAGUGGACAGCCCUUGGCUGGAUUUGGCUGUCUCGGCUGCACGUCUUGAGCAGUAUGAGGACCGGAUCGUGUGGCAACUUCGGAGUGCAGAAACGCCACGAUCGAUGCCGGCUCUGGUCAAGGCAUUGGCGUCGGGAACAGCUUCCGUGCUGGCCAUAUGGAUCAACGUGAACCCAGAAGAUGUCAAGACGAGAAGUGGUGCCAAGCAGGGCUUCAGCAGCGUGGCCAAGUUCUUCGGACUUUGGCACGAGGGCCAGCGUGCUCUGUAUCGCGGUCUACACGAGUUCUGGUGGGGGAAGAAACAUGUGUUCCUGUUGAACUUGCAUCCGAAG